AUGUCGACCAUCAUACGAAGCAGACACAUCCACGGACUCAAUAGUAUAUCAAAGAGAUUGUUUUCUUCAAAGGCUUCUGCAGUAAAUGACCUUCAUAUAUCCGCUUUUGAUAUCUACGAAAAGUCGUCUAUCGACUCGGAUGUUAAUCAAAUAGAUGAUAAAGUUGGUGGGGUUAUAAGAACAAGUCCCUCAGAGGUAUUCUUAAAAUCAUUGCCAGAAACGCAUUUUCUGUCUGGUGUUAAGUUAGAUCUGUCGGGCUUGACUCAGAAACAAAUCAUUAAGAGACAGAUAUAUAGAUUGGCUGAGAUAAAGGAUUAUGAAUCAUUGAUAAGUUUAUUCUUAAAAAUAACAGAUUCAUCCCUGAAUUCACGAUCUUGGAAACACUUUAUAACUUCUGAUGAAUUAUCAUAUUAUUUGAGGUCUGUCAUAGAUCAUGAGAUUAACUUAAUGAGUAAGGCUGCUAGAGAAAAACUGAACUUCGAGACAAAGGGAAAAUUUUAUUCCAAGAGAAACGAGGCAAGAAGAUUCCGAGAAGGUAUAAGAAAAGUGUAUAGCAACUUGCUUUAUGCCGAUUCCCAAGAAUAUAUCUAUGAUCAAUCUAAAAGGGCAGAUUUAUAUAACUCGACUAGCCUUACCGGUUAUAAAUUAAGUGUCAGUGAUUAUGAAAACUUAAUAUAUUUAGAAUUGCAUAAUUUUAAAUUAGACUUAGCAUCGAAAUGGUUUCAGAGAUUUGAAGAAGACUAUCCAAACUUUGCUGAUAUAAUGCCCCACAGCAUGUGGGUGUUAAAAUUACAAACAUAUUGUGGUGGAGAUCCCCGUUUAUGGCCUAUGAAAAACAACUAUCUCACCACAAAGUAUUACAAUCCUAGAAAAUCCAAAUUCAAAAAAGAAUUGUCAUUUUUAUCGGUGUUUAAUGAAUAUUGUAAGUCAAGAAAUGUGGACAAGAGUGGGUUAAUUCUAGACGAUAAGUUUAAAGAGACAUUAAUAUAUUCUAUUGGUUAUUCAAAGAACCUCAAGUUUUUAUCAACAUACAUUGAAUCGACAUGGGGUAUCAAAGAAGACGGAGAAGUAGAUGGGAGAUUAUUUACUGCUCUUGAUGGGUCAGAAUAUCCAACUAUAGGACAUUUGAAGGCCAUAGUAAUAUCCUAUUGCUAUAAUCAAGAGUUUUUCAAAGCUAUGAGAUACACGAAUCUAUUCCAAAAACAUUAUCCUAUUGAUCUUGCUGGAGUUUCAUCGAAAAAUUUCUGGGAGAACAUUUUCAAAUGGUGUAACUAUUCAACUUCAUUUAAUGAAGAAAGAGCAUUAAACGCCUAUUUAAAACAAACCUCUAUGUCAAAGACGAGUAGUUCUCCAAAGUCUCUCAUAGAUAUGCAAAAAGAUGCCGACUUUGACUAUGAGGGAUUUUUAGCAUACCUAAACAAGCUUAAGUCAACAAGAUCGAAUACUUUCAAUGAAUUAUGGAACCUUUUUAAUGACACCAGUUCUAUCUUUUCAGAUAGAAUAUGCAAAAUUUAUUUAGACUUUUUAAAGGAAGAAUACGUGGAAGUUGUUGACGAAGAGAAAUAUUAUGGUAUGUUAAAGUGCUUAUUGAAGUUUUACCACCAGUAUCAUGUUUCAUCAACGUCGUUUAAUAAGAGAUUGAUACCAAAUCCUGUUAAUGACAUAGAUCUAACUAUUCGAGGCUUAUAUGAGGAUGCUCUCAAGUCUCUAGUGGAAGUGAAAUGGAAAGCCACUUACAUGGGACAGUGCCAACCAUUAAUCAACGAAUGGUCUAUCGACCUGCAUAUGAGAGAUUCUCUUACAUUGUGGUUGAGAUCAGAAGUUUCGCCUAAAUUCAGAGAGAUGAUUGAAAAGAGGAGAGAAAACCAUAUGAUUGCAUUAAGAACAGAAGAUAGUGAUACAUUUUUAGAUUUAAUAUAG